AUGGCAAGAAUCAUCCUUCCCUUCUUGGCGCUGUUGGCGGUCCUCGAUGUCACCCAAGCUCAGCGCCCCGGUGCGGCCUCAUUCGUCGUACCCACAGCCUUUCCGACAUCAGUCUUCUCAAGCUACUAUGUCAAGGCAGCUCCGACCAAUGAGCCUCAACCAGCAAUCCAUGAUCCGGUGUUGAAUAUCACAUAUCCUCUCAACUUGACCAACCCCGAAACCAUCCCUUUAGCAGAUCUGGAUCCAGUGUACUACCCACCAGCGAUAGCAAACUUCUCUGAAGUCACCUCCGAGGCUUUGGUCAAGCUCGCCCUGGCUGAGAUCAACAGCAUCAUUUACGAGAGCGGAGGAUUGUCAGGAAAUUGCUCGAAAUGCAUUGCUGCAUUGAGUGUGGGGAAGAUGCUUGCUCAGACAGUCCCUUCAUACGUACCAGCCGCCAUGGUCUCACUUUGUCAAUCGACAGGAUUUGCAUCCAAUUCAUCCUGUCAGACUUCUUACGGAGCUGGCAACUUUGGAGCAAUCUGGACCCAAGUUCUGGCAUUGGCUGAUGUCACGGGUUUGGACGGACGAUACAUUUGCAAUACUCUGAGCACAACCUUUUGCUCGGUGCCAACUACCAGCCCUCUCAAUGUGACCAGCCUCUUCCCCAAGCCGAAGCCAAAGAAUGCUACUGCUCCAAAGGCAAGUGGCAACCUGGUCAAGGUUCUGCAUUUGUCGGACUUUCAUCUCGAUGCGCGUUACUCGGUGGCAUCUGAGGCGAACUGCAGCUCUGGUCUUUGCUGUAGAUAUUCAGCUGCUUCAACAUCCCAAGCUGUCUUCCCCGCACCAUUGUACGGAGCAUACAAAUGUGAUACUCCAUACUUCCUAGGCCUUUCAGCUCUUCAAUCCAUCGCUUCCUUGACUGGGACUGGUGACACAUGUUCUAGCCCUGCCUGGACAAUCUACACAGGCGACUUGGUGUCUCACGAUCCCGAAAACGAGAUGUCACAAGCAUAUGUCGAGUACACUGAAACCUCCAUCUACAGUAUGUUCAAGUCCUACAUCAAAGGUCCAGUCUUUGCGGUGCUCGGAAACCACGACUCCAGCCCAGAAAACAUCGACGCUCCCCACAAGCUUCCCGGUCCCCUCGGACAACAAUUCAGCUGGAAUUAUGAACAUUUAUCAGGCUUAUGGCUCAACAAUGGCUGGAUCGAUGUAGCAACAGCCAAGGAAGCCGCAACGCAUUAUGGCGGCUACAGCGUCAAGAAUCACCUCGGAUUGCGAAUCAUCACUGUCAACACGGAUUUCUGGUACAGAUCAAACUAUUUGAACUAUAUCAACAUGACCAAUCCCGAUGUCUCAGGAAUGCUGGCCUGGUUGAUCAACGAGCUUCAAGGUGCUGAAGAUGCAGGGGAGAGAGUCUGGAUCAUAGGUCACGUCUUGAGUGGAUGGUCCGGCACGAACCCUUUGGUUGAUCCCACGAAUCUCUUCUACCAGAUCGUUGAUCGAUACUCCCCACAUGUGAUCGCAAACACCUUCUGGGGCCACACACAUGAAGAUCAAGUCAUGAUCUACUACUCCAACAACGGAACCGUCAUGAAUUCAAGCACAGCUCAAACACCAGGCUGGAUCGGUCCAAGUGUCACACCACUAACAAACCUCAACUCAGGCUUCCGCAUGUACGAAGUCGACACUGGUUCUUUUGAUAUAUACGAAGCCUACACUUUCUAUUCAGACGUGAACGCUUACUCCACCCUGAACGCCACUGGUCCUACCUAUCAAUUCGAAUACUCCACGCGCGACGCGUACGGUGCUGCCGCUGGAUGGCCCACGACUGCCCCACUGAACGCCACUUUCUGGCACGGAGUGACAGAGGCAAUGGUGACGAACAGGAGCCUGGUCACAACUUUUAAUACGUACCAAGGCAAAUCAAGUAUCAAAAGUCCAAACUGCACAAGUGAUGCUUGCGCAGAGGCGAAAAUCUGCUACAUGAGGGCUGGAAGUGCGUCUUUGGGGAAGAACUGUUCCCAGGGUUUCGACAGCGUUCAAAGUCCUUACACAGGGAAGAACUUUUGA